CUUCUUGCGGUGACCCCUAUAUGGUGUUUGUUUUACACACGAUAAUUGGAUUUCUCACACUCAAUUGACUCUCAAGCCUUCCAUUUACUAAAUUGCUAUUUGUGACCCUAUAAGUCUGUAUCCUCUUUAUUGUCUAACCUUUCAGAUUUGAACGAUCGCAUAGUACUAUACGUGGUUUCACUCGCAACAUAACUUGUGUCCUGACACGAUCUUUCAACAAUAUGGGGCACCCAUCCCUAGAAGACCAAUAUUCACACAGCUCCAGCUUGGUCGAUAACGUCAGAUUCUCACAACAAGCGCCCAUCAUACUUGGCGCAAAAGCUACUUCUGCGAAAAUAAAUUUGUUGCCAGCUCAACAGGAAGAUCCGAGCCACUAUGUCUUACUCGAACAACUUUUCUUGUCUUGUUUGCAAACGGGUGAUGAUAAGUCUGCUCUACAAUGUCUUGAAUUGUUAAGCGAUCGGUUUGGUCCUUCCAAUGAACGAACUUCUGGCUUGUAUGGCAUCUAUGAAGAAGCUGUUGCAAAGGGAACAAAUGGGUUAGAGAAAUGCUUGCAGAAGUACGACUCGAUACUUUCAGAAAAUCCGGUCAAUUUGCCAAUUCUUAAGCGUCGAGUCGCGAUUUUGCGCUCAAUGUCGAAGCCUAUGGAGGCAAUCUCCAGUUUGGUGGAGAUAUUAAAGGCUGUUCCCACGGAUGCUGAAGCGUGGUGCGAGCUUGCAGACUUGUAUAUGGCUCAGGGAAUGGCACACCAAGCGAUUUUCUGUCUCGAGGAGUCUCUAUUGGUUGCAGCCAAUGCCUGGAAUAUCCAUGCUCGGUUGGGCGAAGUUUUGUAUAUCUGUGCUCGCUCGGGCGAUGAGACAUCUGGCCAGUACUUAGUAAGAUCUAUACGAUGCUUUUGCCGGAGCAUUGAGCUUUGUGAUGAUUACCUAAGGGGGUUUUACGGCCUUGUCAUGGCCACUUUACCUUUGUUGGAUGGGAAACAAGGAGAUACUGGAUUCAAGAUCUCAGCUGCGCAGUGGGAAAAGACAAUCCCGGCAGCUACAAUUUCGAAGUUACACAUCUUUGCAAAGAGACGUCUCGAACAUAUUAUAGAACUACGGUCAUCGAAUCAUCAGUUGUGGGAGUCCUGCCAAGGAGAAAUUAUAGCAGCGAAGGAGCUAUUGGAUUCCCUCCAGGACACAACCUGACGAAGCCAGAGACUAGUAUGUUAGCGCAGAACCAUUAAUGGGAAAAACCAUGGUACUUUUUAUAUUGCAAUACUCGAGACACAAGCCGAGCAAUGUUACCUAUCGCUUCCCAAGGUGCUGUUGCUGGUGGGCAUGCGGGCCUUUGAAGACACCAGAGUGACUCACCAUCCCUAAAUUGUGUAUAAUCAUGAUUGUGUAGGAAGCGAAUACAAAACUUUAAUU